AGUGAGUGGAACAUUGAAAGUAUCGAGCUGGAGUCGGGCACUAGUCAGAGUCGCGGAGCAGGUGGGAUCGGUUCGUACAGUGUAUUUCCCUUGGCACGAGGGUAUUCAUGACCGUGUUGUAAUUUGUCCCCAUCGGGUAUUUCUUACUGCGGCGCUUCGGAAAAGGACACUUAUCACCUCCAGUCCUCCUUCCUGGUGCAGUGUCAUGCCUUUAGAGAUCAAACAUCGAAUUUUGUUGCUUUAUGCCUCACAAAAUGGACAAGCGAAAGCGAUUGCUGAGGAUAUUGCUGAAGCAGCAGAUGGAAAAGGAUUUAUAGCUGACCUAUAUUGUGUAAGCCAAAUGGAAGAGUUCAACCUGGAGAAGGAACAUGCUCCAGUUGUUAUAAUCACCUCUACUACUGGUUUUGGAGAAGUACCAGACACAGCAAGGAAAUUUGCACGAGAGCUUAAGAGUGAUUUGCCAGCUGACUUCUAUUCACACGUAAAAUAUGCAGUAUUAGCUCUUGGAGAUUCCAACUACAGUUGUUUUGCCAAUGGUGGAAAGAUAAUUGAUAAAUGCCUUCAGCAGCUUGGUGCACAACAUUUCUAUGCAACUGGAUAUGCAGAUGAUGCUGUUGGGUUGGAAUUAGUGGUUGAACCUUGGAUUGAAGGUCUUUGGGAUGCAUUGAAGGAAUUGUGCCAGAAGCAAAACGCGGAGAUUUACAGUGAUGCAGAAAAAAUACUGGAUAUGAAUCAUGCUUCAACAACUAACAAGAGUUUUGAGCUGCCAGAUAUUGAAUUGAGGUUAGAAGCAAAUGUACCACCAACUUCUAAAGAUUCAUUUAAUUCAUCUGAGGGUGUUGAACCGAAUCCUAUUGUAGCAGGGCUUCAGGAAUGUCGUCUAGUGCCAACCUGGGUAAAAUCGGAAAAGCCCUUGUCAGAAACUGCUCUGAAUAUCCCUUCACUGCCUGUGGAGUAUCUAAAUGUGGAGUUUCAGAAAAGCACAGUGCAGGUCUGCGAACAAGAAUACUUCUCGCUGGCACCAAACGUUGCUCUGUUUCAAGUUCCAGUGACUAAAGCAAUCUCUCUAACUCGGGAGGAUGCGGUGAAAACUGCACUAUUCUUGGAGCUUGAUAUUUCAAAAACCUCAAUGACGUAUGAACCUGGAGAUGCUUUCAGUGUUAUAUGUCCUAAUAGCAAGAGUGAGGUGGAAGAACUAAUUCAGAGGCUUGGGCUUGCAAACAAGAAGGACCAUGUGGUUGAAAUAAGCAUUAUACCAAACAAUAAGAAAAAAGGUGCUCACUUGCCUGAAUAUAUGCCGAAGAGAAGUACGCUGCAAUUCAUUCUGACUUGGUGCCUCGAGAUACGAUCAGUUCCCAAAAAGGCAUGUUUGCGAGCAUUAGCUGAAUACACCUCUGACUCUUCUGAGAAACGGAGACUACAAGAGCUGAGUAGCAAACAGGGUGCUGCAGACUAUACCCGGUAUAUGAGAGACCACAACCUUUGCCUGCUUGAUAUUCUCCGUGCCCUUCCGUCAUGUCGUCCACCGCUGAGCCUUCUAUUAGAACAUUUACCAAAACUGCAAGUUAGAUCCUAUUCAGCAGCCAGUUCGCCUAAGUAUCACCCUGGUAAACUUCAUUUCGUUUUCAACAUUGUGGAGUUCCCAUCCUGCCCUGAGAAGCCUAUCAAACGAAGAGGAGUAUGUACAGGUUGGCUGGCAGAACAAGUUAUGCCAAUGCUUCAAAACUAUGAGAAUGAAACUAUAAUCAGUGACUCUUUGUCAAAUGGAUUUGAAUUGCCACAGAUAUCCAUCUUCAGCCGGCACAACCCAUUUUUUCAUCUCCCUGCUGUUAUGGCAGCUCCUAUUAUCAUGGUGGGCCCUGGAACUGGGAUUGCUCCCUUCAUAGGUUUUCUACAGCAUCGCCAGAAACAAAAAGAAGAAAAUCCUGACUUUGCUUUUGGUGAAAUGUGGCUAUUUUAUGGCUGUCGACAUCAUGAUCGAGAUUAUCUGUUUCGAAAUGAGUUAAAAGGCUUUCAAGAUAAUGGCACCUUAACACAUUUGAAAACCUGCUUCUCAAGAGAUCUACCCAAGGAUACAACAGCAGGAAAACCAAAAUAUGUUCAGCAUCUACUUCGUCUCUUCGCUGAAGAUAUCGCAAAAAUGUUGCUGGAUGAAAAUGGUUAUUUCUAUGUGUGUGGAGAUGGCAAGAAUAUGGCUAAAGACGUAGCCAGUUCUCUGACUGAGAUUGUAUCAGAAAAGCUGGGCGUGGAUACUUUGGUUGCCAUGAAAGUUUUGGCCGACUUGCGUGAAGAGAAACGUUACCUACAGGAUGUCUGGAGCUAACUGCAAUUGGAAGGGAAAAUAUAAAUUGAAAACAACAUAUAUUCACAGGAAUUACUAAUCAGUUUUAAAUGCUAAUUGUUUGAAGGAAUGUUAGAAAAAUGUCCUUAGUAGCCAAAGUGCUUGUGGAAUUUGUUUUGGAUAGUUGGCGCUACCCCUUGUCAAAGACAGUGAACUGAUAGUCUUAAUUUGAGAAACUUUGCUCUGAUGUUAUUGUGAAACAAAUUACCAGAAGUGGUCCCAACAUCUCUUCAAAAUCAGCUUUUAAAAAGCUCUGACAUUAUUAAGUGUCAAUUGGAAUUUUUGCUAUGUGAAUUUUGAGCUUUUGGAUGAAAACUAAUAACCCAUCAAGCUAACACUUUAUUUGUUUUAACUUUGUAAUAUUUUUACUAAAGUAUUGUAAAUGCAUUUAUUUAUGUGAUUUUUAAAUUAUGCCUUUUAAAAUGUCCUCAAGUUUGAGAUACACAUGUGAUUGAAGGUUCCAUGGAACUCCUGUUAAGUCAAAUCUUAUCACAGAGAUUUGCUCCAACUGUCAGCAUUUUGAGCACUUCUACACUUGUUAGGCAAAUCACAAGUUUGUAAGAUUUCUUAGACUUAGCAAUGGUGCGCUGCAUUUUGUUACCUUGUUUGCUGACAUUAUUUGUUGUCCUGCUGUUUUUCUGCUUUUGGGCACCAAACUAUUUUUAUUCAUUAUAUAAGGAUAUGUUGUGGGAAUUCAUCUCUGUGGCAAUGGGAAUAGCACUGUCUUUUGUGAUUACUGGAACUGCAGCCUUUUUGACACUGAGCAAAGGUAAUAUGUUCUGUAUAUUGCAUUAGCUUUUUAGUGGCUUAGUGCAAAGAUUUUCUAUUCAUUCUUGAAUACUGUGCUGCAGUAGAACACUGGGACAAGGCUAAACUGCAAACAUUUUAUUGGUCCUCUGAAUGUUGAUCAAAGCACUAAUCUUUUGCCCUGGCUUCCUGUUCUGUUAGCUAUUUUAUUUAAAUUCUGGGUUUAUGUUCCUGUGUGUUCAUCUCUUAACACAGAUUACUUUUUUC